GCUGCGGUCACACUACACAAAAAAAAAGCGAAAAGCCGGCGAUUUUCAGCACGCUUGUUGUAACUUUUUCCAAAAAACGCAAAAAAAAAACAAAUAAACAGAAUGUCGGCUGGUAUGCCCAUCAACCCCAAGCCCUUCCUGAACGGCCUGACGGGAAAACCGGUGCUGGUGAAGCUGAAGUGGGGCCAGGAGUACAAGGGCUUCCUGGUCUCCGUCGACGGCUACAUGAACAUGCAGCUGGCGAACACGGAGGAAGUGAUCGAGGGCUCCGUUACUGGUAAUCUUGGCGAGGUGCUCAUCCGCUGCAACAACGUGCUGUAUAUCAAGGGCAUGGAGGACGACGACGAGGAGGGCGAGAUGCGCGACUAGCCAAUGGAUUCACCUACACACCUUACUUCUAAGUCUACAAACGUAAUCAAAUAAAGCUAACUUUAUUUUGUAA